UGCAUACUGCGAUAGCGCUGAUAGCCGAACACCUUUUUGUUCAUAUAUCCCUUUCGUAGACGGGAGCUUGUUCAGGCCUGAUUCCUUCUAGCGUUCUUCUCCAUCUCGUCUUCGCGACCCCGCCAAAAGCACGAUAAGGCUAUCGAGGCCAAUACGUCAGAGUCCGGGCGCCCUUUGCUUGGCGAGCGGUAACCUCUACCGCCCCAGGCUUGACUCCGCGCCUCAACACUGACAUCGCGGCUCUGCUCUGGCCUUCAGGAACUGCGCUGUGCUUCUUGCUUCUAAGGAUCCUCUCCGCAGAGCGAGAGCCGCCCUCGGCAUCCCAUGGCUGAACCGUCUGCAAAUUCGCUCGCGGCCCGCACAGCCUCAACACCCAAUUCCGCGGUCAACUCCAAAGAGCCUUCGAGAGCCUCCACGCCCGCAAAUGCACCCGUCGAGAAGCCACCGGACGACAGCUCCAAGCUCAAAACCUUCUUGGGGGUCUUGAGGAGGUUCAUUGGCGUUUCCGAUCUCGCGGCCGUUCGAUUCUCUCUCCCAGCUCAACUUAUCGAGCCGAUACCAAACUUGGAGUACUGGCAUUACUUGGAUAGGCCAGAUGCUUUCAUAAGCAUCGGGGAUUCAGACGAGCCGCUCGGGCGUAUGCUUGGGACGUUGCGCUUCUGGUUUACAAAGGACUUGAAAUACGUCAAAGGCAAGCCGUGCAAGCCAUAUAACUCAACACUAGGCGAGUUUUUCAGGUGUACAUGGCAAAUCGAAGACACACAACCGCCCCUCAAACAUACCCACAAUUCCCAGCCGUCUAGCAGUGCUACCAGCAUUACCGGCGACAAGGUCGUCAAAGUCUCCUACCUCACCGAACAAACCUCCCACCACCCUCCCGUUUCCGCCUUCUACGUCGACUGCCCUGAGAAGGGAGUCAUCGCAAGGGGAUACGAUCAGUUGAGUGCGAAGUUUACCGGAACAAAUAUUCGCGUCAUUGCUGGGGCGCAUAACUUGGGCAUUUUCAUAACGCUGCAGAAUCGCGAUAAUGAGGAAUACCAGCUGACGCACCCGGCGGCGUACCUGGGCGGGUUGCUGAGAGGCUCGCUCAGUGUCUCCGUCGCCGACUCCUGCUACGUCACUUGCGCAAAGACCGGGAUAAAAGUGAUACUAGAAUAUUUAGAAGAAGGCUGGCUGGGAAGGACACAGAAUAAGGUCCAGGGCGUCAUAUUCAAAUACGACCCGGACAACGAUACCAAGACGAGGAUCAAGGAUGUCUCGGACAAGGAGGUCCUCGGAAGGAUAGAAGGCUGCUGGCAGGACAAGGUGUAUUACACGCUUGGAAAUGGACCCUUCGCAAAAACACCCGAGAAAAUCCUUUUGAUCGACCUCAACCCACUUCAUCCCGUCCCAAAGAAUGUUCCCUCGCUCGAAGAACAGCUCCCCAAUGAAUCGCGCAAGUUCUGGGACGGUGUCACCAACGCUAUCGUCAACAAGCAGUACUCGCUCGCUACGACGCUCAAGCAAGACAUCGAAGAAAACCAGCGGCGGAAGGCGGCAGAGAGGAAAGCCGAGGGCAGAGAUUGGCAGCCCCGCUUUUUCGCCGGCGCCGUCACGCCCGUUGGGAAGCCCGAUCUGACCCAGGACGGCGAAGAGGCGUUGAAGGGGUUGCAUGAAGACCGAUACGAUCUCGCGCCGAACAAGGAGAACGGGGCUUUUUAGAAGGGCAAAUGCAUAGCGGAUAGAGGAGUGGCAGCAUGAAUGCAUAUAGAGGAGUCUGGGUGCAGGGGCAACGGCAACGACACGCUCAUUUGGUUAUUAUGGCUUUUAGGGUCGCGAGCUAGCGUCAUUCAUCCAUCCAUCUGUCGGUGUUGUGUUGGCGUGGUGGGGUCGGGUUGUGGCAUAUAUACACGCGGAAAGCUCUGCUCUGCUUUGGCUCUGCUUUGCUAGAUCUUGGUUUGCUCGACUUGACUAGUUGGGUGUUACUUUUGCAUAUUUGUUUCGGAAUAGAUGAUUAUGACUACCUAUAGCGAUAGUCAAACUUCUCUUA